GUCAAGCAAAGCCAUCUUAAUCAAAUGUUAUAUUCACCUAUAAAUAUGGCUUGCUCAUUCAACUAUUCUGCAUUCCUCGACUCAAGUAUUAGUAAAGCACAGAAACACAGAGAUUCCUUAGAAGAUCAUCAAUGGCUGUAAAAGUUUAUAUUGUGUACUACUCAAUGUACCGGCAUGUGGAGGGACUAGCAAAAGAAAUAAAGAAGGGAGCUGAUUCUGUUGAAGGUGUUGAGGCCACACUAUGGCAGGUACCUGAGAUACUGCCAGAAGAGGUGCUUGGUAAGAUGGGGGCUCCACCUAAGAGUGAUGUACCAAUCAUUACCCCUCAUGAACUCUCUGAGGGUGAUGGAUUCGUGUUUGGCUUCCCAACAAGAUUUGGAAUGAUGGCUGCUCAGUUUAAAGCUUUUCUAGAUUCAACUGGAGGUCUAUGGAAAACACAACAACUUGCUGGCAAGCCUGCUGGACUCUUCUACAGCACAGGUUCCCAAGGUGGUGGACAAGAGACAACAGCGCUCACUGCUAUAACUCAGUUGGUUCAUCAUGGAAUGUUAUUUGUUCCAAUUGGAUAUACAUUUGGUGCUGGAAUGUUUGAAAUGGAGGAACUCAAAGGUGGAAGUCCAUAUGGUUCAGGAACUUAUGCUGGUGAUGGCUCUAGACAGCCCACAAAGCUUGAAUUGGAGCAAGCAUUCCACCAAGGGAAGUAUAUUGCCACUAUCACCAAGAAGCUCAAGGAAGCUGCAUAAUGUUGGUUCAACAAAGACAUACAAUUCAAGGAUGCUUGAAAAUCCUAAAGCAUCUUCUAUUCAUAUAGAAUGUUGAGUUCAGUUUUUUGUGGUUUCCAGUAAUACACUUUUAUUAUUCAAAAAGUCAACGCUUUGUAUUGAGUUUUAUUUUGCUGUUGUAACUUGUAUGGUACUGUGGUUAUUGAUUUGUCAAAUAAAGAAGUUUGUAAGAUUUUUGCAAUAGGCUAAAAAUAUACUUGGCCCCUUUUGCAUCA